UCGAUCUUUCUUCUCCGACGAAUUGCUACUCGGUCCGGUGACGAUUGGAACAGCUUAAGAUCUUCAUUGAAACUACGGAUGGCAAGUGAUGGUGAUGAUUUCACUUUCUGUCAGGUUGCUGUUGUGCCGCCUAAGGAAGUAGCAGCAACAGACGCCACAGAUGUUGGUGAAACAAAGGAAGAGGAGAAGUUACCAGACAAUGGACCUUCGAAAACAAAGAACACAUUUGGUUCGUUGUCUUUUAAUGUUAUUGACAUGUCUUCUUCUGGAAAAGGAUCUCAAACUGCAUUAGGAGGAGGAGAUGUUGCAAUUAGGAAGCCUUCACCUCGAGCCAAGGUUCCAUUUGAAAUAGGUUAUAAUCCGAUGGAUUGGCUUAAGCUUACUCGAACUCAUCCUGACCUCGCAGGUUUGAAUGGGAAGUCCAAUAAGAGACUUAUAUCUCUUGAAGAAGUUAAACAACACCGAACAGGAAGUGAGAUUUGGACAGUCCUUAAAGGCCGAGUUUAUAAUAUUGCUCCAUACAUGAAAUUUCACCCAGGAGGUGUUGAUAUGAUAAAUAAGGCUGCGGGAAGAGAUUGCACUUCUUUAUUCAACAAAUAUCAUGCUUGGGUGAAUGCUGAAUUCUUAUUGGAGAAGUGCCUUGUUGGUAUUCUGGAUGUCAGCAACAAAUGAAGAACAAAGAUUGAUUUCAAGUUACGUUCAUCUAAAUGAUGAUACACACACCCCAUUAGAUUGUUGUGCCAAUUGUUGUGCAUUUCAUAUCUUAUUUUCUCAUAAACACCCAUUGGGAAAUACUUGUUGGUUUUAGAUUCAGAUGCAUCAAUAAUAUUUGUAUUUGUUUGA